CAGAAUUUCAAGCUCAUUUUUCCAGAUUUCAAAAGCUUAAAACGAGAGCGAGAGAGAAGGAGAAGAAGCAUGACUACGAUUCGGAGAUUUUGCUGCAAUGAUUUGCUUCGUUUCACUUCGGUCAAUCUCGACCACCUCACUGAGACUUUCAACAUGUCGUUCUAUAUGACCUAUUUGGCGAGAUGGCCCGACUACUUUCAUGUAGCAGAAGCCCCGGGAAAUCGAAUCAUGGGCUACAUAAUGGGAAAAGUUGAGGGGCAAGGAGAGUCGUGGCACGGUCACGUCACUGCGGUGACUGUUUCUCCCGAGUAUAGAAGGCAGCAGCUGGCGAAGAAGCUCAUGAACCUACUUGAAGAUUUUAGUGAUAAGAUUGAUAAGGGUUACUUUGUUGAUCUUUUUGUGAGAGCAUCAAAUACUCCAGCCAUAAAGAUGUAUGAGAAGCUUGGUUAUAUAAUCUAUAGACGAGUACUACGGUACUAUUCAGGGGAGGAAGAUGGGUUAGAUAUGAGGAAAGCAUUAUCUCGGGAUGUUGAAAAGAAGUCGAUCAUACCCCUCAAACGGCCAGUUACUCCUGAUGAAUUAGAGUAUGACUAAAUAUGCUUUUUAUGGAAUUUCUGCCUAGUAAGUGUGAUGAUGAUGCGUUACCAUAUGCUUGUGACUUGAAUAUCUGUAAGCUAGGCACUAUAAAUUGCUUUUAAGAUCAGCCUCAUGUAAACCUUAUAAUCCAUGUAGAGGUUCUACAAUGUGGAAACACUCUUUAAAGGAAGUUCAGCUUUAGCUGGUCAUUUAGAGUCACAUUAAGUUGGAGUGUGCUUGUUAUCAAUUUGAAUCUUAAACAUAAACUAGUGUUGAUUGGAUUCAUGUGAUUACUAUU